CAUAUCAAAAGCCGUCUUAUGCGAUACAUCAAAUUUGGAGGCAUGCUGGAGGCGAUCUCCCACCGAACGGGGAUUCCGCGUGGUGAGCUCGUGAAAGGCGGCGGUAGUCAAUAUCAGGAUCAAACCAGUGGCCAUGGACGAAGGUUUCACGCGGCGCACGUUAUCCGGGUUGGUGCUAUCGAUGAGCGGUUAAGAGAGAAAAACGUUUCUCUUUACAAGGCCUUGGCCAACUUCAUCGGCCACACGCAAGUGGUGCCAAUGGAGGCAAACCAAUGGAGUGGCAUCGGGGGCAAGAUUGACCGUUUCCAGUCGAACCAUUUGGAGCACCUGGCAAGGAUUACCUUUAACGCUUUGUAUGACGAUGCCAACGAAAAGACGAUGACCGAUUUGGUGACGCUAAUGGAUCAGUUGAUUGACAGUUUUGGAGAUAUCCCAACAAUUGGCACGGAUUUUCCGAAGACUGUCGAAGAAUGGUUGGACACUCCGGAAGAGCUACAUGGAUAUGCAGGGCUCGGAUAUAAUAUGGUGAUGAGUGGUUUCUUUGAAACAACCUACCUUGACUCUACUGCCGAUCCGGCCAAGCAGCAAGGCAUGGAAUCCGCGGAACACAGUAGUCACUACAACAAACGUGUACGUGAUCCUAAUCGGCAUAUCUCGACGCGCCUGGUCCGGUACUUCUCCUUCGGUGGCAUACUGCAGGCGAUGGCCGAAGAAACAAAGCUUCCCUCUGCAGAACUCGUCCAAUGGAGAUCAAGUGAAUCGAACGAUGCCUUGGAACCAGCCCAGAGAAGGUUCAAAGUUCUUAACGUUGCCACGAUCAACCAGGGUUUGAAAGUAACAAAUGAGGCACUAUUCGAAACGUUGACCAAUUACAUUGACCACGAUGAUAACAUGAUCCAUAUGGCAAAUGUUUGGCAUGCAGUUAGUAGUGAAAUUGAUCAGUUUCAUGUUAACAAUGCAGAGCAAUUGCUCCAGAUUGAUUUCACUGGCAUAUUUGAACCAACGAACCGUCCCAAGGUUAUGGAUUUGUUAGAUGGGUUUCGUAAUUUAAUUAUAAAUUAUGUACAAUCUGAAGCUCGCAGUGAAGCAGACCAAAACGAACUGGAUGAGGGUAAGAUUGACGUGUGGUCGGCCGGAGCUGAGAUGUUGUUCGAGACGGGCAAAGCUGGGUACAACAUGGUCAAGGAUGGAGCCUUCAAUAGUCGGUACGCGAAGGCUUAGAUCAUGAUGCACCGCGCGAACCACGUGAUAACGAAUUCCUCGAUUUUAACCACGGUGUUAUUUAAAAAAUGGACCAAUGACGGAGCCACAUUAGUAGACCCAAGUUCAACCACAAACGAUGAACUUUUUUUAU